AUGAAUUAAAUUGAAGAAGAAAUGUAAUUUGAAGAAAUAACAAAGAGAAAACAAUAUUAAAUAAUUUGCUUACUUUUGGAGAAGGAUAUCAAAUUCUAUAAUCUUUUUUAAUACUAAAAUUAAUAACCUUUAUUACAUAAUUUAAUAAUUGAGAAAUAAGUUGAGGUGGCUCAUUAUGUUAUUAAUUUAAUUUAAAAUUGCAGCUAAAAUCCUUUAUAAAUACUUGAUUAACCUAACCCUAUACAGUAAACUCCUUUAAUUAUAGCAUGUUACUAUGGAUAGCUAUCAAUUAUUAAACAUUUACUAAAAUUAGGUGUCAAUAUAAAUAAAAAAGAUGAUCACAAUUUUACUCCUUUAUUAUUUUCUAUCAAAAGCAAUUAAACAUAUAUUGCUAUUUAUUUAAUAUAUAAGUAAAAUAUAAUUUUAUUUUAGAGGAGCAGAGGUAUUUGUGAAAGAUCUUAAUGGAUGUAGUUUGGCUCAUUGGUCUGCAUAUAAUAAUAAUUUAUUUAUGUUAAAGAUAUUAAAAAACCUAUUCAAAUUAAAUUUAUUUGAAAUGGAUAAGAAAUAAAAAACUCCUUUAGCAAGAGCAUAAGAUUAACUCUCUUAUGAGUGCUUAAAUUAUUUACAAAGUUUAUAAAAGAAAAAUACAGUAAAAAAUAAAUAUUUAGCAUAUUUUAAAAUGCAUAUUUAAUAGCACUUAUAUUUCAUAACAAUAACAAUACUAAAUUUAUUUAUUUUAUCUAGAUUUACUGAAUUUGAAGAAUCAUAUUUGAAACAUGGAUCACUUUUUUUAUAAUUAUACAAUAUAUUCUUUAACUUUAUGUUAUUUUAUAUAAUAGAGAAUGCAUAAAUGGCAAAGGAUGCUUAUCAAACAAAUAAAAAUAAUGUAUCUAGCUUUAAUAUGUCAAACGAAGUAUUUGGAGAAGGAUAGGGAUGUUUAGAAAUAGAUUAAACAAUAGUUCCAUUUAUAUGUGAUGAUCAUAAUAAUAAUCAAUCUAUGAAUAUGAUUUACGAUAGUAUGAUUGAAAUUGAAGUGAAUAUUAAGAUUUAUUUUUUAGAAACCUUUUAUAAGACAUAUUGUACAAUCAAUAGAUUAGGAUACACCAAUUCAAUUUUAACCUGAUUAACUAUGUUUAGAUUGUAUGAUUGUUAAAUUGCCAAAAACUGAACAUUGUGAUUAAUGUAAAUGUUGUCAUCCCAAUUUUUAAAUUUGCUCAUCCUUUUAUAAGAAAUGUUUAUAAGAUGAUUGGAUUUUUAAGUUUUAUUUCACAUUAAUAAUUACACAGUUUUGUGGAUUUAUAAUCUAUUUGUGUAAGUUUUGAUAAUUAUAAUAGUUAUAAGAUUCAUAUGUUUUAGACAUUCAGUUUGAAAUUGGUUAAAUAGAAAUCAACUUUACUUUUUUAUUGGUUUCAUUUAUAACACUUUUAGUUUUGCAUUAAUUUAUAUACAUCCUUGUUCUAUUGUAUGGAUUUUUUAAUCAUUAUACAUAGUAAUUAAAAUUUUAUUAGAUUUAGUUUUGAAAUAAUGAAUCUUGAGAAAUGUUGGUAUAGAUAUAAAACAAUUAUUAAGGAUAAUUUAGUGGUUAGAGUUUUAAAAUGA